AUGGAUGUUCACGCCGAAAUCCUAGCAAUUUAUAGGAACACGUCCAUCUUCAGUAUGUUCUCGAAUAACAACUUGAUGCGAACGCGCAGACACAGUGGCACAUUCGGACCUGUUACGUCGCCAGUUAAUUUAGGUAGCUCGUGGGCGCGGCUGGCGCCGCGCGUGACGCAGCUGCGCGCCGAGGAGUGCGCGGACGUGAGCAACACGCGCGAGGUGGCGCACGAGCGCGAGGUGCACACCGCCAUACAGAUGGAACAGUCCUGCGAGGACCUCACGCUCGUCGGCCCACUUACCAACUCGCCCACGAGGAUACCUAGGUUUUCACCCACCGUUGUCUCACCAUCACCCACCCGGAAAUAUACCACGCGUCGCAGCUUAUCACCCAUACAGAUCCGAGCAUCCAGCUUCAGUCCCGUCGGCCGGCCUAACUUGUUGACCGGCAAACGGCGGUGUGACGAAGCUGACUCACCUCUGUCAAAGCGUAUGUGCACCUCCGACAGGUUAACUCCAUCAACCCCAGGCACACCAGAUUCUGACUCCUUAGAAUGUACUUUCAGGCCUGUAUCGCCCAGAGCGCAGCCGAUGAACGAAUGCUCCCACGAAUCCACAGAUGUUCAGCAGAACCACAAGUCAUCGAAUCCUAGCUAG